ACAUCACAAGCUGUGAUAGUGAGAGAAGGGUUCUUUGAAGUUCCAGUCAUGGCUGAAUAUCUCUCAUCGUAAUUCGUAUAUGUAAAAGCCCAUAAAGUGUGAUUGUUAAACAGUGAUUUACAGAACAUUGAAAUGAGCAACAACGGCUACUAAAAGCAGAGCAGGGUUGGGCAUCUUUUCACUCUCUCCGCUCCUUCCCUCGCCAAAUCGCCGUCCUCUCUCUGAGCUUUUCCUCUUUUCUUGCUUUACUAAACAGUAUCCAUUUCAAAAGAAACCCAACAGCUACUGUUCUUAAAGCAAGAAAAGGGAAAAAAGCUCAGUGAUACAGAGAUAGAUACAGAACAUUAAAGAAAGCAAAAGGUUUGGAAUUGUGGGAAUCUUUCCUCAUUUUCCAGGGUACAGCUGAUCCCACAGCAGCAUCUCUCUUUCUUUUCUUGGUUCCCUCCCCCUAUAUUCUCUUUUUUCACACACAAUCCCUCUCUCUUCUCUACCCAUCUCUCUCAUUCUCUGUUUCUGUGGAUGUGUGUGUGGGUGACUUACUGAGGUUGGUCAUGGUUUUGGCUUAGGCUAAUGUCUACUUCUUUUAUGGGGUUUUCAUGUGGAGAUGGAUAUGAGAAAAGGGAAGCCAAAGUUUCAUUGAGAGCUGAGAUUGAAGAGGCAUGGGUUCAUGAAGGUGCAGGCAUGCAGGGUGGUCAUGGGUUGGAAUUGGAUCUGGAGUUCAAGCCAAUAGAUCACCCAGUGGAGCCACCUGAUGAGGAUAGACCAGUCAAAUGCCCAAUGGCAGGUUCCUCAGUCCCAAAUCAUAUGCGGGAGGAAAGGUUUGCUGAAAGCCUGCGGAAAAGAGUGGAACAAUCAUCGGAUUUGAACGAGGAAGGAAUGUUGGUGGUAGCCAUUGAGCCUCCAGCUCGAGCAGUGCGUAAAAGGCAUCAUACCCUCACUCGCAGUCAUUCAAUUCCUCCACUGUUCAGGAGGCCGCCUCUUCCCCCUUUACCGGCUCAGAAUGCCUCAAUCUUCCAAAUGCUUCAACAAUGCAAUGAGUAUGAAUCCUGUAAAGAUACACAGUAUUAGAUGAUUACAAUUUCUACAGUUUGGUGUCUACCUGACAUUACAAAUAGUCAGCAUUCAUCCCGAGUUCCACAUAGCAUCCAUAGAUACAGAAAAGCCCAAAUUAUAAUCUUCAACAUGGUACUAGGGAGGACUUGAAUUGUCUAAGGAGAUCAGUAUCUGUAUAGUAUCUCUCAAAUUACUUAUAUCUGGUUCCUUUAUACCUUAAUGUGUUUGUCAAUCAAACAUGAAACCACAUCUGGAUGUUUUUCCCUCCUCUUGUAGUCGAUACAUUCCGUAGUGGAUUGUGCAGUCGCAAGAAAACUUUCAGGAAAAAGGGUUUUGAUAUUUUGGUUAUUA